GAAAGUAUAAAGCCGCAGGAGCCUGGGACCACUCAGGCUGAAGAAGGCAGAGUUCUCAGAGUGUUGGUUCCAACCAGAUCUAAGAGAUACCAGAGACUUUAAGGGCAAACUGGAAAGAGCUCUGAGGGCCUUGGAAUUAACGCAUCGAAGUGUCAUCUCCAGGGAAAGACAAAGAUGGUUCCCAAAGGUGUUUGGCUGUUCCUCCUGAUGAGCUGUGUAACUGGACCUGAAGUCCUGAGUGCUGUCUUGAGACCCAGCUGUCGUCCAGGAUGGUUUCUCUACAAGUCCCAUUGCUAUGGAUACUUCCGGAAGCUGAGAAGCUGGUCUCAGGCUGAGCUGAAGUGUCAGUCAUAUGGACAUGGAUCCCAUCUGGCAUCCAUCUUGAAUAAAAAGGAAGGCCAAGUCAUAGCAAGGUUCAUAUUUGGCUAUCAAAGAAACCUGCCUGUGUGGAUUGGCCUGCAUGACCCAAAGAAGAAUCAGCUUUGGCAAUGGAUUGAUGGGUCUACACAGGUGUACGAUGCCUGGAAUCCCACGACGAAGAGUGAAGCCAGGCACUGUGCUGAGCUGAACCCCAAGAAUAAAUUCUCAAAGUGGGACAAAAACAGAUGUGACGAGCGACAGCACUUCCUAUGCAAGUACAAGCCAUAGAGCAGGAAUCAAGCGUCUGCCAGCCUUGCGCAAGCUCCUUCGUCCUCCCUCUCACCUGGUGGCUGAUAUAAUCAUUAUCCCCGAGAGUAAACGCAGCAGCGAACUGUCAGGCUCAGAGGGCUUAGCAUGGUGGGACAGUGACUUCCGGUCUCAGAGAUCUUAGCAUGGUGGGACAGUGGCUUCUGGUCUCAGUGUUCACUCUACAAUCCUUUCUAAUAUUCCUCUUCCCUUGGGCUGUCUCCAACAAGUAGAAAUGUGCUUCCUGACCACUGGGUCUUUGUCAUACCAGUAAAGUUUUGGAGCCAAGAAACAAAUAGCCA